GGAACAAGAUCGGUCUGAAGUCUGAAGCCAGCAGGCAGGCAAGCCCAUCCAGCGAGCGAGCCAGCAAGCAUACCGCAAUACUUGGAUACGCCCGUACUUUUACACACCUACAUAUAUUCUUCGCAUUCGAUCCCGUCCGUGCCUUGCCGUGACUUACCGCUGCGGAGAUGGCAUCCGACGACGCGCUCCCGGUGCUCAAGGUCCUGAUCAUCGGACCCUCCGGCGCCGGCAAGUCUGCAUGUACGUACUGGCGUCACGCCAUCAGCUCCUGUCACAGCCAUCGCCGUUGCUGUUGCUAUUUCCAUUACCAUAUACCUACAGCAUAUCUACAGCCCGCGCAUAUCGCCGCCGCCGCGUUACCUCACUCUCCCACAUCCGUGCACGCAUACGCGCAUAUGAGUACACGCAUGAAAGUGCUUCAGGACGCGGCCGUCACCAUCCCUCCCCCCCCCCCCCCGUCUUCCCCCGGCUCCUACCUGCAUGAUGUCCCUACUGACCCCCUCCCCCCCGGCCCCGCAUUUUGGCACCCCGGCGAUCUCCCACGAAGGUACACAGCAAGCAUGCGUGCAGAACGGGAGGUGAGGCCGGCGCUCGGCGGGGUAGGACGGGCAGGCAUCUACACAGACACGAAUAUGCCCUCUGCAGAAUCGAGGCUAACCAUGUGUGUCGGAAUCACCUCUGUGGCGACAAAACAGUGCUGUUGAGAUGUACGUAUGGGACACUUCUUCCCCCCAACUUGUCCACUUCGCCGCCACCCCCUCCCCGAGGAGGCCGGAAUGCCGGUGCCCUUCCGCAAGGGCCCACUCUCCUCGACGAAGCAUGAUGGUAACCUUUGCUUUUAUUGCACUUCGUACAGAUUGCGACGAUCAGUUCGACCCUGAGUCGUCGACGGCGACUAUCGGCAUCGACUUCAAGGUAAGACAGCUCGGUGGAGGCAGGUGAUCUGCCGAAUGUAGCAACGUGUCUGUCGAUCUACGCAGUUGGGCAAGAGGGAGGAAAAGGCAAGAGAGCUGUGCUGAUGUGAUGCUCGCCGGCGCGU